AUGAUGUCCUUUUGCCACAAUAUAAUUAAUAUCUCCUGUGUGAAAAGCAGCUGGUCAAAUGACGUCCGUGCUUCCCUGUACAGUUUAAUGGUGCUCAUAAUUCUAACCACAGUGGUUGGCAAUCUAAUAGUUAUUAUUUCUAUAUCACACUUCAAACAACUUCAUACCCCAACUAAUUGGCUCAUUCAUUCCAUGGCCACUGUGGACUUUCUGCUGGGGUGUCUGGUCAUGCCUUAUAGUAUGGUGAGAUCUGUUGAGCACUGCUGGUAUUUUGGAGAAGUCUUCUGUAAAAUUCACACCAGCACUGAUAUUAUGCUGAGCUCAGCAUCAAUUUUUCAUUUGUCCUUCAUUUCCAUUGACCGCUACUAUGCUGUGUGUGACCCAUUGAGAUACAAAACUAAGAUCAACAUCUUGGUUAUUUUUGUGAUGAUCUUCAUUAGUUGGAGUAUUCCUGCUCUUUUUGCAUUUGGAAUGAUCUUUCUGGAGCUAAACUUCAAAGGAGCUGAAGAGACGUAUUACAAACACAUUCACUGCAUAGGGAGUUGCUCUGUCUUCUUCAGCAAAACAUCUGGGGUUCUGGCCUUUCUGACUUCUUUCUAUAUACCUGGCUCUAUUAUGAUAUGCAUCUAUUGUAGAAUAUAUUUCAUAGCGAAAGGGCAGGCAAGAUCCAUUCAUGAUGCAAAUCAGAAAUUUCGAAUUGGGUUGGAAGAGAAAAAUGGAAUUUCACGAAGCAAAGAAAGGAAAGCUACGAAGACUUUAGGGACUGUGAUGGGAGUUUUCUUCACAUGCUGGUGUCCUUUCUUUGUCUGCACAGUCAUGGAUCCUUUCCUGGACUAUACAAUUCCACCCAUCCUGAACGAUGCAUUGAUUUGGUUUGGCUACUUGAAUUCCACUUUAAAUCCAAUGGUUUAUGCAUUUUUCUAUCCCUGGUUCAGAAGAGCACUGAAGAUGAUUCUAUUUGGUAAAAUUUUCCAAAAAGAUUCAUCUAGAUGUAAAUUAUUUUUAGAAUUAAAUCCAUAG